AGUUUGGAACGCGCAUUUACGCCCCUUGUGGAGACAGAUCCGCGCAUUCGCACGGAAUCAAUUUACAGUUGUGAAGGGCCCCAGAUCAAGUCGCCUUCGUCUGUUACCGAAACGAUCCUUUCUAGGGAAACUGAAAAAACCUUCGAAUAAUCCUGAAAUUAUUUGAGAGUUGCACCUGAUCUCGUCCUCAAAUACUGAACGAAAAUAUCCGAUUCUCGAAAAAGAAACAUGGCGGAUUCGAGCAGCACUGCGACGGCAGUCGGAGCCACAGGCUCGAAUAAUGGUGCUGCCGGGUUGGCUGGCACUGUUGCGCCAGAGGGAGCAACUGGAGCCGGGGGACUGAAGACUGGGUCGGAGUCUGUAAAGGGGCAGAUUUUUGAUGUCGGCCCACGCUACACCAACCUAUCGUACAUUGGGGAAGGGGCCUACGGAAUGGUUUGCUCGGCUCUUGAUAACAUGACAUCCCAGCGAGUAGCCAUUAAGAAGAUCAGCCCAUUUGAGCAUCAAACAUACUGCCAGCGCACCCUGAGGGAGAUAAAGAUCCUGCUGCGGUUCCACCAUGAGAACAUCAUUGGUAUCAAUGACAUCCUGAGGGCCCGGCGCAUCGAGUGCAUGAGGGAUGUUUACAUUGUGCAGACCCUGAUGGAGACAGACCUCUACAAACUUCUGAAGACCCAGAAGCUAAGCAAUGACCAUAUCUGCUACUUCCUGUACCAGAUCCUGCGAGGGCUCAAGUACAUCCACUCGGCCAACGUGCUGCACCGAGACCUGAAGCCCUCCAACCUGCUUAUCAACACCACCUGUGACCUCAAGAUCUGUGACUUUGGGCUGGCACGGAUAGCUGAUCCCGAGCAUGACCACACUGGCUUCUUGACAGAGUAUGUGGCAACCCGCUGGUACAGGGCUCCCGAGAUCAUGCUCAACUCCAAGGGCUACUCCAAGUCUAUUGACAUCUGGUCAGUGGGCUGCAUUCUGGCUGAAAUGUUGUCUAACAGGCCCAUUUUCCCUGGAAAACACUACCUUGACCAGCUCAACCACAUAUUGGGCAUCUUGGGGUCUCCGACUCAGGAGGAUCUGAACUGCAUCAUCAACAUGAAGGCCAGAAACUACCUGCAGUCUCUGCCUGAGAAGCCCAAGAUCCCUUGGGACAAGCUCUUCCCCAAAGCCGACAGCAAGGCUCUGGACCUGCUGGGGCGCAUGUUGACCUUCAACCCCAUCAAGCGCAUCAGUGUGGAGGAGGCCUUGGCCCACCCCUACCUGGAGCAGUACUACGACCCCACUGAUGAGCCAGUCGCAGAGGAGCCCUUUACUUUCACCAUGGAGUUGGAUGACCUUCCUAAAGAGAAGCUGAAGGAGCUCAUCUAUGAGGAGACGGCACGCUUCCAGGCAACCUACCAGGGCUCCUGAGACUUUAACAUGACAAAGUGACAAAGCUGUGCAGAUGCUUGGAACAAGAUGACUCCAACAAGAUAACAAGACAAAUUAAUCCUAAACGGCAUACAAAAAAGAGAACCAGAAACGUGUACAUCUAGCCUCUUUCUAUUUCUAUCAUGGAAAAAGGCUUAUUACAUUUUCUAUCAUUUUUUUCCGGGUAUGGGGCUUCUACGGAGGUAAUGUUACCGUCUUUAGGAUACCCCUGCAUUUCUUACCUUCUUUUUCUGCUGGAAUUGUUUUAAAUAACACCCCAUGUCCUACUGUGUACCCCACCUCCUAGUACACCUAAUACUCCCCUCCAUACAUCCACCCACUCUCUCCUCACCACCUGUCUUUCUUUCCCAUAAUUUAGUUUCUAGUUACAAAAUGUAUGUACACACAAAUACUAACUACUGUAUUAAUGAACACCAGAACUUUCCAUCUUUCUCCAUGAGGUUGUUGUUUGUGAAGAAAGUACAAGGGGAGGAAUCUAGGAAGCUAGUUGUGUGUGCGCGCGUGUGUAUAUACAAAUGCGUAAGUGGACAUUUGUUUUGUUUAGACUGUACUCGUAACAGUUUUGUUUGUCCAACGUUAUUUGAAUGUUUAUGAUCAGUUUGGAGUCGUAAUUGUAUGUUUUGGGAUUUAUAUUUGUGAAUCUUUUUGAACACUCAAUGUUUUUGUUUUUUUUGUGAGACAAACAAUCAAUGUUUCUACUGGCAUGUUGGUGGGUUUAAAAUUGUGUUCUUUCUUUUUUUGAAUAAUGUUCAUGUGAAUGCAUGCAUUCCUGAAUUUUACCAAUUUGGCAGAGAGAGAGAAAGUGAUUUUGCCUGGGGACCAAGAAAUAGCUUGCAUAGUUUGUACUGUAAACUGGGUUGAUUCUUUUUUGUUGUUCUAAGCUUCAAGGGCUGGCCCACUACAAUCCCCCCUCUUUCACAGGGGAUGUAGGGGCCCAUUUAAGAGUUGAACAAAUGGCAUGAUCACCCACCCUCUUGUAGACCAGGCAAUGCCAUGUCUUUAUGCUCCUAUAUCUGUAUGCGGCCAAAGCCUCUUCAAUUUUUUUUCCAGCUCAUUAUCAUUUAGAAGAGUCAGCAUCCCAAUGACACUCACACUCCCCUAAACUGAGAUCUGCUUUUCUGAUCACUUUAACAAGGCCACUCCAAUGCAGGUCUCCAAGUCAAUAGCAAUUCAUUGUUUUCCCCUUGAACCUGGUUAACUAUGGGAAUCUCACAGACUCCAUCUUGCCAACACAAUCCCUGUGUGUAGGGCAAGACCGGCCACCAAUGUUGCUAUUGUGCAUCUAUAGAAUCCCAGUGAUUUGGGAAAGGGGUCCUACUCUCAAUCUCCUACAAAUCACAUGAUAAUCAGUGUUGUGAACCAGGAACCAAUCUUAAAUUUAUGAUGACAUAGUCCCAGUGUCUCCAUUUCUUUUCUCACUCUCUGCCACUCCCCCUCUCCCCCUCCGCCUCCCCAUCCAAUAUCGCUCAUUUUAUGUACUCCCUCAUCAGCUGUUUCUCAAAAGUAUGGUAUUUUGUCUUUUCCGGAGGUCGGUGGAUUUGUACAUACUUGAUGUGCUUAGUGGGGGCAGGUCAGAUGAAAAGGAUGAUUAUGCGAAAUUAUGUAUUUACUGUGCUCUUGGCUUUCUGUGUUUCUGGUUAUGGUGGGGCUGAUUUCCUAUUAUCUUGUGAGUAUAUGUGUGCGCGUGCCUGCAAUGCUACGCUGUGUCUGUUCCUGCAUCACUCGCUCCCCACAUGGCUUGUCUCUUUCCCCUGUUAUGGACAUGACUAACAUACCUGUGCUAUGUGGCCAUUGUCCCUUCCAGCUCUUCAAACCAAUCAUUGAGCUUGACCCCUGAAAGCAAAACUUUUUGAUUAGUUCCAAUAAUAGCAUAACGGUACCACCCCACCCUCCAAAGCCAUAACACAUUUAACCUUCUCUGAAGCCAUAGUCAUCGUCCAUGGUUGAAGUAUGAUAUUCACACAUAGAGGAUCAGAUAUACCUGUGAAGGAUGAGCUCAACCUCUGGUCAGCUUCCCUUCAUUUCCCUCUUUAAUACCUGUCACGCUUAACUGAAAGGGCUCUCCCCCCAUUGGUUAACUCCCUGCAUUCCUCCAACUGGCUCAGUCUUAUCUAACUGAAUCACAGACCGCCACCCCUCUUGUGGUUCAACUACAUGGUCACCUUCCUUUUUUUUUUUUUACUCCUCUUCCCCCACCUUGAAAUCCUAAGCCUACUUCCAAUUAUGCGAAGAAACGGGGUUGAAGGAAAAAAGGGAGGAGCAUCGCUUAUUGUCGUGACGGGGGGGGGGGGGUUCUUGUGUUGAUCAUGUGUCUCAAUCAGCACACCUGCACUUUGCCUCUUACCAAACUAUGUUCCCACCCCCCACUUCUCCUUCUUUUCCUUGUUUGUGUGUGUGUGUGCGUGCAUGUAACUUGAACAAGUACUAUUCUUUCCAUUACACCGUAGUAUAAUUUCCCUCUUGUCUUUCCUUUUCACCGGAUCCUUUGUUAUCCACCCUGCUUGCUUGGCUCAAUUGCACUCACUUUCUAUUGGAAGAAAAACACCACACUGACCAGCAAGUGUGGAAAUGGGGAAGGGGUGCAAGGCAUCUCAAGGGUCCCUUGCCUGCCCAUCUGCUGACUGAUCUGCAUGUUAGAAUAUAUGUGAUCUGUGUCUCUCUGACCAAAAGCUGCUUAACUCCCUCCCCCACACACAUGCAUUUACACACACACACCCCAAACAUACCAUGACAUUCAUUGAGGAGCCAUGUGAAUGAACCAACGGGACCAUCUUUGCAAUCCUCUCCACACACAAGCUGAAUAAUCUGUGACAAGAAAAUAUACACCAUUGGCUUGCAUAUACUUACACAGUACAUUAACUAAAUGGCCUACGUCAGGCCGGUUUCAAAGUAAUGUCCUUUUUAAAUGGCUGUUCUUAUUAUUGAAAUUGUUAUCGGUGAGUUGUAACUUUUUUGUUCUUUAGUUUUUUACAAAAAAGGGAAGUCAAGUUUUUUUUUUUUUUUUUAAGAUUAGUUUGUUUUUAUUUCACUUUGUUUCUCUAAUGGGUGUGAUUAUAAUUGGCAGUGUCUUCUUUCUGGAACCUAUUUUUCCCCUAAGAUCUUACGACGAAUUAUUCUUAUUUUACGAGGAGAUAUGAGAUAUCUGUAGAUUGUUAAAGAGAUAUGAGUUAUUGAGGGGUACAGUCUGUGUAUAUUCUAUGGGUAUUAUGAAUUAAACUAAUAACAAAGAAACAAUUAUAUACAUAUAUUGAAUAAAAUUCCUGAUAAUG